AUGUUCCCCGACGUCUUUCAAAAUGACUUCACAUCGCAGAAUCCGCAAGGCACAUUAUUUCUCGUCGGAGCCUCGAUAAUCUUACUGUAUCUGAUCGUCCCGCACCUGGGACCACUACCUAGUAUCAUCGCCUAUCAUCUAUGGAACGCGUUCGUCUACAUCAUUCCAUCUCGUAUCGUUGCUGCGCUUGAUGCAGAAAGCAAAGACCCUUCAUCAGCUCGUGUUACGUCGGCAUAUUCGAGUCUUUACGAAAAGGGACAGGCCAUGCGCCGGAUAAUAGGGUUUGAUAAGGGCUCUUUGGAUUCCAUAUUGCCGCGUGCGCGAAGGCUCUCGAGUAUAGGACCGUCAUGGCUCAGCGGCAAAGACUUGGUUCCGCCUGGUCUGGGAAACUGGGAUAAUAGCUGCUACCAGAACAGUGUUAUACAGGGUUUGGCAUCUCUCCGAUCGUUUGCGAACUACCUGGAUCGCAACAUCCACAAACUAGACGUACGAGGCCGACUCUCGACUCACCAUGCCCUUAAAGAUAUUUUGGAGCGGCUGAAUGAUCCAGGCAGUCAUGGACAGAGACUCUGGAUACCAUCGGAACUUAAAUCGAUGAGCAGCUGGCAGCAACAGGACGCCCAGGAAUACUUUUCUAAAAUCGCGGAUCAACUCGAUGUAGAGGUCCGGGAAGCUUCAAAAAUGCUUACGACUAACUUGGGGUUGAAAACAGCGGAUCAACGAGAGAAUUUUCUGGGUGUAUCAAAGAAUGAUGACGAGAAAGUAGUGAAAGGAGGUAUCGAGCAGCCAGAUAUCAUGCAUAAUCCUUUGGAAGGACUUCUUGCACAGCGCGUUGGUUGUAUUCGCUGUGGGUGGACCGAGGGUCUAUCUUUGAUUCCAUUCAACUGCUUGACAGUUUCUCUGGGGAAAGGCAAAGAGUACGAUAUUCGAGACUGUCUUGACGACUACAUGGCUUUGGAGACCAUUGAGGGCGUGGAAUGCGCAAAAUGCACGCUAUUACGUACGAAAGACCAGCUCCAUCGUCUACUCGAACAGAUCGAAGAAGAUGACAAUAUCGUCAAAGGGCCUCAGGCGGCAACUGUGGCAUCGACUUUGAAGAGUUCUGCUGAAACACGACUGCAAGCCGUUCAAGAGGCUUUGGAUGAAGAGGACUUCACGGAAAAGGUUUUGUCCAAGAAAUGCCACAUCCCGUCAAAGAACAGAGUUUCAGUGACCAAGUCCCGUCAAACAGUCAUCGCCAGAACGCCGAAGAAUUUAGUCAUUCACGUCAACCGAAGUGUCUUCGAUGAAAUAACUGGUGCUUUACGAAAGAAUUCCGCCGCUGUCAGAUUUCCUGCCUCUAUCGACCUGGGUGAAUGGUGUCUCGGUACGCGUGACGUUGGAAAGGAGGAUUCUGUAGAGGCCUGGAACACAAACCCGCAAAAUUCGAUGCUUCCAAAAGCAGUGGAAAUUUCUCCGCGAAAAUAUGAGUUACGCGCUGUCUUGACGCAUUAUGGCAGACACGAAAAUGGGCAUUAUAUUUGCUACCGGAAGUUCUCGACACGGCACUUCCCGGGUGGUGUUCCUGAAGAUGUGGAUGAUGAGAAGAAGGUGACCCAUCGUUGGUUCCGGCUCAGUGAUGAAGACGUUCAUAUGGCUAGUGAACGCGAGGUAUUCGACCAAGGCGGGGUUUUCAUGUUGUUCUAUGAGUGUGUUGAUGAGACGCAAUACACCUCUGAAGAGGUGCCUAAGAAGGACAUUGGCGUGGAAAGUGAACAAAUAUCCGAAGAAACAAUUCAAAGACCUGAUCAAGAUGAUCUCAAACAAUUUAGAGACGUCUGCGCUCCAGCCUUUGGCACAAAUGGAACAUCUUCUCCCGGCUCUGCAACCUCAGAUAUCAGCAUGGAUUCAGACUUCUCAUCCGCCCGUCUAACCCAAAGCUCGUCGGACAUAUCGAACCCGAUUCUUGAACUUGAUGAGGUAAAACAGGAACUGCCUCAUGAUCAUCUGACUGCAGCUUGA